UCAUUACAUACACAGUAAGUGCCAUGUUUAUGCCAUUAAUCGAUUUCAAAAAUCUCUAUUAAAUCCCAUCAAACCCCAUUCUUCUUUACCCAGAAACUUGUAAAACCAUGGAAGCCGCCGGCAACCAAGACAGGGCGUCGCCUCCAUCGAAGCCCUCAAAGUUCUCAGUGUACCAAAACCCAACCCUAUCUGCCGCUUUAACCGCCACAAGUCUACAACCCUCCAAAUCAACUCUUCUUUGCAUCUUCUGCCUCUCCUCGGCCUCUGCUUUGGCUCUCCUCUACAUCACUUCCAGGGGAACUGGCUUGACUGAUAAAUUGAAGUUUGGAAAUUUCUCUGAAGAAUUAUCUUAUAUAUUUGCCAAAGGAAUACAGUCUGUGUCAGGGGUAGUUUUCAUUGGCACCAUUUUUGCCCUAUUCAAAGCUAUCUCUCUGCAUAGAAGUAGGAGUAUUGGUUGUGCACCUGUUGUAUCUCCUUCUAAAGCAACUAGGGAUCACUCUCAGCUAACGAAGCACCAACUAGGGCUUUUGGGAAUGAAACCGAAGGUUGAGCAAGUUGCACCGGACUCAUCUAAGAAACCUCCAAAGUCCAAAUCCCCAGUGAAAUCAUCUUCAGAUGUUCUUGUUCCACUCCAUCCACAAAUUAAUGGCUCAGAUCGGAAGUCUCUGGUCAACUCUAAUAAAUCAAACACCAGUAGUGGGAAUAAGAUAGGUUCAUUUGCUUCCUCAUCCAGAUCGGUGGGCUCUCCUUUGUUAUAUCAUGUUCCAGCAUCCUCUUCAGCGUUAUCUCCUCUUCAAACUUCACCAGGACAGGAGCCUGUGGUAAAAUCCCCUUGGUCUACCAAGCGAGCUUCCUAUACCAAAGAAAUAACGACAGAAGAGCAACUUGAACGAUUUCUUGCUGAAGUAGAUGAGAAAAUCACUGAAUCAGCUGGAAAACUUGCCACCCCACCCUCAACCAUCAGUGGAUUUGGAAUUGCAAGUCCUAAUACUGUUGUAAGUUCGGCUAAUACAUCUGGAACUACAAGGAGUACACCACUGAGGCCUGUGAGGAUGUCUCCUGGUUCCCAGAAAUUUACCACUCCUCCAAAGAAAGGAGAGGGCGACCUUCCACCUCCAAUGUCCAUAGAAGAGUCUAUUGAAGCUUUUGAGCAUUUGGGCAUCUAUCCCCAAAUUGAGCUGUGGCGCGAUCGCCUCAGACAGUGGUUUUCUUCAGUUCUGCUAAAUCCUCUACUUAACAAGAUUGAAACCAGUCAUAUUCAGGUAAUGCAAGCAGCUGCUAAACUCAAUAUCUCAGUAACAGUAACUCAAGUGGGAAGUGAUCUACCAACCAAUGGAAGUUCUGCUACUUCAUCUAAACCUGAAAGGAUGAAAGAAUGGCAGCCGGCAUUCACUCUUGAGGAAGAAGGGCUCCUUCAUCAAUUAUCGGCAACUAUUGUGCAGGCUCUUGAGGCUUCCAUGUCAAAUCCUUUAGCCAAUCAACAACAAGUGCAACAAAAUCCUCUGAUCCCUGUUAUGCAGGAGUGUAUCAAUGCCAUUACCGAACACCAGAGGCUUCACGCAUUGAUGAAAGGAGAGUGGAUGAAGGGUUUACUACCACAAAGCAGUGUGAAAGCUGAUUAUACAGUUCAAAGAAUAAGAGAACUCGCUGAAGGAACAUGCCUGAAGAACUAUGAAUAUCUUGGAGGUGGGGAGGUUUUUGACAAGAAGAACAAGAAGUGGACUCAUGAACUUCCAACUGAUUCUCACUUGCUCUUGUAUCUGUUUUGUGCUUUCAUGGAACACCCAAAAUGGAUGUUACAUGUUGAUCCUACUUCUUAUGCUGGAGCUCAAUCUAGUAAGAAUCCCUUAUUCCUUGGAGUGCUUCCACCAAAAGACAGGUUGCCAGAAAAGUAUGUAGCAGUAAUCUCCGGGGUUCCCUCAAUUCUCCAUCCAGGAGCUUGCAUAUUGGCCGUUGGAAAACAAAAUCCCCCCGUUUUUGCCUUAUACUGGGACAAGAAGUCACAGUUCUCUCUUCAGGGGAGGAGUGCACUGUGGGAUUCAAUCUUGCUGUUGUGCCUUAGAAUAAAGGUUGAAUAUGGAGGCAUAGUUCGAGGAAUGCACCUUGCUUCUUCUGCCUUGAAUAUUCUCCCGGUUCUUGAUCCUCAAACUGAACCCUGACUAGCAUGUUUAGGGGAUGCAUUACAGAUUUUGCCUGUUUGACUUGUCAGUUUUAAGGAUUUCCAAGUUGUAAACAAGUAGUUUGGCUUUUCAAACUUUUGCCUGUAUGAACAAACACAAUCCCCGAGA